CUCGACGCUUCGGUCCGUUGCAUCAUCUUUCCCAGAGUCGCGACGAACUCGACAGGUAUGGACGUUUACCUUGGUGCGCGACGAUAUCAACGACUGUGAAAAGUGACGCUGAGACGCCGCCACUGUACCUGUAUCGCACGACUAGAUAAACCAGGACAUUACGAGCCUCGGUCGGUGAAUUGUGUAAAAGCGCCGAGGAGAAAAGUGUCGAAAAUAAUGGUGAACAUGGAGGGCUCGAACGAACAGCUGACGGUGACGGCCUCACCCCCGCCGGCACGCACUAGCCUCAAAAGUAACUUUAGCAUCCGGGACAUCGUGCCGGAGGCCUGCGCGGGCGCCGCGGCUCCGGCCUGCGGUCAGUCUCCGACCCCGGACAGCGACGACUCGAGCGAUCUCGACGUGACCGGCGACGGCUCGGAGACGCCGCCGCCGCUCGAUUGCUCGCGUAACGCCGGAAGCUGUAGCCCCGGGAGCCAACGUCAAGACUCUUCGGCACCAAAGGAACACGAGGCGGAUGCCGAGUCUGAUAAGAAAAAGUCGGAGAAGCCACCUUACAGCUACAACGCCCUCAUCAUGAUGGCCAUUCGCCAAAGUCCCGAGAAACGGCUGACUCUCAACGGCAUCUACGAAUACAUAAUGCGCAAUUUCCCCUACUACGAGAACAACAAGCAAGGUUGGCAGAACUCAAUCAGGCACAACCUCUCCCUCAAUAAGUGCUUCGUGAAAGUGCCGCGACACUACGACGAUCCCGGCAAGGGCAACUACUGGAUGCUCGACGCGAGCUCGGAGGACGUCUUCAUCGGCGGUACAACUGGCAAACUACGCAGGCGCACGACCGCUGCCUCGCGCUCGAGGCUCGCGGCCUUCAAACGCAGUGCUGUCCUCGGCGGCCUCUACGCCUCGCCGUACGCGCCACCCGGUUGGCCGGCCUCGCUCUACAGUCUGCCUUACCUCCCACGCGGACCUGCUUACGCGCCCUCCGCCACAAGCUACGGAGCUCCCUCGGGAUAUCCGGCGAGUCUGCUACCUGGAGCGGCGGCCGCGGCCGCGGCCCUCCCUUGCAAACCCCAAGCAUUGCCCGCGGUGGCAGCGCCCCCGGCCCACGGGGCCUUCUCCGUCGAGCGGCUGCUGCAGGCCCCGUCGGGCGCGUAUCCGCCGGCAAUGCCGAGCGCGACCUCGCCUUAUGACUUUUAUGCGACGCUACGAAACCUCGCGGCCCACCAGCAGCACCAGGCAGCCGUCUUUGCGCAACAUCAUCAGCAGCAACACCAUCACCAUCACCAUCAGCAGCAGCAACAACAACAACAACAACAACAACAACAACAACAACAACAACAACAGCAGCAGCAGGCGAGGUAUCAGCUUACGGGUACGGCGAGCACGGGGAUGCUUAGUCAACCUGCCUCAGCUACGGCCUCACCAGGGAGCAGCCCUGAGCCGGUCUCUCCUCGAUCACCACCCGUGACAGUUCAACAGGUGCGGCAGCACGCUCCCCAGCUUUUGCUCAAGCCCAUCACCGUGCUAACGGGUCGGCAAAGCUGAGACCAGUCGAGGCGUCGGACGUCCUUGACGACGAACUAGCACUUUCGUUGGAUCCACGAUCGGUCCUGAGGCGAUUUGUGCGGAGA